CAGGAUAUUCAGGUCGGGUGUGCACACAUCUUGCUUCGGCUUUUAGAAACGAUAAGAGAGGACGCGUUCCUCGGUCAUCGGCGACAUGUAGACCUUAGAGGGACCUUUGGAUGUGCAUCUAGGACAUGUCUGGAACCAUCGUGGGUGCUGAGGGUGAUGGGGGAUAGGUGCCAUAGGCUGAGAUCGCGUCGUGAAGUGGGGUGCGUGUCGUUGAGGAAGUUCUCGAGGAUCGCAUUGUGCUGUCUGCUCCUUUCGCUGGAUAUUAAAGGGGGAUCACUCGACGACGGGGUGGCCGUUGUCGGAAGUGCGGGGGGCGGCGGCGAUGGACGCAGAACGCAGAAAGCGCGGCGGAGGAAGCGCGGUCGGCCAUUGCCGAAUAUCGGCGGCGCGGGGCGGAAGCCGGUAAGCGCCCGGCGCUUACCUUGA